CUCCUCCCCUCAGUUGAGAAAGGAAGAGAAGGACGGCCAGAGCUGGCCCGGCAUGCUUUGGGCUUCCGGUGACCUCUGGCCCUUUUCUGUCGUCCGCUCCUGCUACCUAGCGUGCUUGCUUGCUUGCUCGCUGCUUUCCUUCCCUGCGUCCCUCCGGUUUUCCUUCUCACGCUACCUAGUGACUGUGGCGCCCGCGACCACCAGGGAGGCGGUGACGGAGGACACUCGUCAUGGCCGCCUCUAAGCCUGUGGAGGCGGCAGUGGUCGCAGCGGCUGUUCCCGGCUCUGGCGGUGGGGUGGGCGGCGGCAGUGCGACUGCGGGCANGGGGGGCCUGCCGCGAUGGCAGCUGGCGCUGGCAGUCGGGGCGCCCUUCUGCUGGGCGCGGGUGCCAUGUACCUAUGGAGCCGGCAGCGGCGGCGCCGGGAGACCGGAGGCCGGGGCGACGCCGGCGGCCUGAAACGCAACAGUGAACGGAAGACUCCGGAGGGCAGGGCCAGUCCGGCCCCGGGCAGCGGACACCCCGAAGGCCCCGGUGCUCACCUGGAAAUGAACUCUCUUGAUAGAGCCCAAGCAGCCAAGAACAAAGGCAACAAAUACUUUAAAGCAGGAAAAUAUGAACAAGCUAUUCAGUGCUAUACUGAGGCUAUCAGUUUGUGUCCUACAGAGAAGAACGUCGACCUUUCCACAUUUUAUCAAAACAGAGCUGCUGCCUUUGAGCAGUUGCAAAAAUGGAAAGAGGUGGCACAAGAUUGUACAAAGGCUGUUGAACUUAAUCCCAAAUAUGUGAAAGCUCUCUUUAGACGUGCAAAAGCCCACGAGAAGCUAGACAAUAAGAAGGAAUGUUUAGAAGAUGUCACUGCUGUGUGUAUAUUAGAAGGUUUCCAAAAUCAACAAAGCAUGCUAUUAGCUGAUAAAGUUCUUAAACUUCUUGGAAAAGAGAAAGCCAAAGAAAAAUACAAGAAUCGUGAACCUCUGAUGCCAUCUCCGCAGUUUAUCAAAUCUUACUUCAGUUCUUUCACGGAUGAUAUAAUUUCUCAGCCAAUGCUUAAAGGAGAGAAGUCUGAUGAAGAUAAAGACAAGGAAGGGGAGGCUCUAGAAGUGAAAGAAAAUUCUGGAUAUUUAAAGGCCAAACAGUAUAUGGAAGAAGAAAACUAUGAUAAAAUCAUAAGUGAAUGCUCAAAAGAAAUAGAUGCUCAAGGCAAAUACAUGGCAGAAGCAUUAUUACUACGAGCUACCUUCUACCUGCUUAUUGGCAACGCCAACGCAGCCAAACCAGAUUUAGAUACGGUCAUCAGCUUGAAAGAAGCUAAUGUGAAGCUUCGAGCAAAUGCUCUCAUCAAAAGAGGCAGCAUGUACAUGCAGCAGCAGCAGCCUUUGCUGUCCACUCAGGAUUUUAACAUGGCUGCCGACAUUGAUCCUCAAAAUGCAGAUGUUUAUCACCACCGAGGACAGCUGAAAAUACUGCUUGAUCAAGUUGAAGAAGCAGUGGCAGAUUUUGAUGAAUGUAUUAGAUUAAGACCUGAGUCUGCUCUGGCACAAGCUCAGAAAUGUUUUGCAUUGUAUCGCCAGGCAUAUACGGGAAACAAUUCUUCGCAAAUCCAAGCAGCUAUGAAAGGUUUUGAAGAGGUUAUAAAGAAAUUUCCAAGGUGUGCUGAAGGCUAUGCAUUAUAUGCCCAGGCAUUAACAGAUCAACAACAGUUUGGUAAAGCUGAUGAGAUGUAUGAUAAGUGUAUUGAUUUGGAACCAGAUAAUGCCACAACAUAUGUUCAUAAAGGUUUACUUCAACUUCAGUGGAAGCAAGAUCUGGAUAGAGGUUUGGAGCUUAUCAGCAAGGCUAUUGAAAUUGACAAUAAAUGUGAUUUUGCAUAUGAAACCAUGGGAACUAUUGAAGUACAAAGAGGAAACAUGGAGAAAGCCAUUGACAUGUUCAACAAAGCUAUUAACUUGGCCAAAUCAGAAAUGGAGAUGGCUCAUCUAUACUCACUCUGUGAUGCUGCCCAUGCCCAGACAGAAGUUGCAAAGAAAUAUGGUUUAAAACCACCAACAUUAUAAAAUAUGCGGGAAGGAAAAUGACCCUGUUUUUAGAAGUUUACCCCUCCUUCAACUGAACCCUAAAGACACUGUCAAGAACUGUACUGAAUGGUGGAACUUAGUAUUUCCGUUUGUGCUGUUGUCAUUCGUUACAUCCGUUUCACAUUUAGGUGUUGUGGGAGUGGCUGUUGAAGGAAGUUUGCAGUGUUGCAGCUUUUAUUCCCUGUUCAACAAAAGCUUAGAACCUGUUAAAGGGAUGUUAAAAUAAAGUUGCAGAGUACAGAUGAUAAUUGGCCAUGCAAAUAAAAACUUUGAUUUGUUGA